AUGCCUUCCCCCACCGAACCCCUCGCCACCCACAUCUUCACGGCCGAUCCGUCUGCUCACUCGUUCGAGGGCAAGAUCUAUGUCUAUCCUUCGCACGACCGCGAGACCGACAUUGCCGACAACGACAAUGGCGACCAGUACGACAUGGUGGACUACCACGUUUUUAGCAUGGACACCAUCGACGGCCCCGUGACCGACCACGGUGUCUCUUUACGUGGGGCCGACGUACCUUGGGUGUCCAAGCAGGUCUGGGCACCAGAUGCGGCUUGCAAGAACGGAAAGUACUUUUUCUACUUCCCCGCUAGGGACAAGGAGGGCAUCUUCCGGAUCGGUGUCGCCGAGAGCGACCGCCCGGAAGGUCCUUUCAAGCCGGACGAGUCCUACAUCCCCGGGUCAUACUCUAUCGACCCGGCCUCGUACGUCGACGAGGACACCAACGACGCUUACCUCUACUUCGGCGGAAUCUGGGGCGGUCAGUUGCAAUGCUGGCAACAGAAGGGCGUAUUCGACGCUUCCCUCAGCGGGCCACACGAACCCUCCGGCAAGAUCCCUGCGCUCAUGCCGCGAGUAGCCAAGCUUAGCGAGGACAUGCACACGUUCGUGGAAGAGCCUAGGGAGCUCGUCAUCCUCGCCCCUGAAACUGGCGAACCCCUGAUUGCCGACGAUCACGACCGUCGGUUCUUCGAGGCCGCCUGGAUGCACAAGUACAACGGCAAAUACUAUUUCUCCUACUCGACCGGAGACACCCACUACCUCGUCUAUGCUACGGGUGAUUCGCCUUACGGACCCUUUACGUACCAGGGUCGAAUCCUCGAGCCCGUCGAGGGGUGGACGACACAUCACUCGAUCGUCCAGCACAAGGGCAAGUGGUACCUGUUCUAUCACGACACGAGUUUGUCGCACAAGAACCACUUGCGAUGCGUCAAGGCGAGAGAGAUCUUUUACGACAAGGAGGGCAAGAUCCAGCUGGAACCUACGAGCGAGUAG